AUGGCAGGCACAAUCGAAUCUGACCCCCUGUAUAUCAAAUUUUGCGAGAAUCCAGACCAACUAUUGUUCGAGGGUGGGGAAGGACGAAUCCUGGAACCUGUCAUCGCCCCUACGGAUUUCGAGGUGGGUAGCAUCGUUCCCGUAGGAGUUCCUCUGGCCAAGAUCGACAUCCCCGAGGAGGAGCGAGUCACUUUACCCGAGGAGAAGAAAAGCAACAAGAAGAAGACCAAGAAGGGUAAUAAGGACAAGGAGAAAAAGCUAGGACCGACUGACGAUUCGAAGCGUGACAGUAAGCAUAAGGAGAAGGACUCUACGAGAGUGACUUCAGAUGAUUCUAGCAGAGAAUCUACGCCUUCUGAGGACAAAAAAAAGAAGCGUUCCAGAAAGAAGAAGCUAGUAACUAGUGAUGGAGCUAAUGGAACUGCGCCACCAUCAGCACCAUCAGCAGGCACGCGAGAAACAAGCGACUCUGUACCAUCUAAUGUUGAACCCCCCCUUCCUUCUGUCGCAAUCUCCACAAUUGGAGCAGCCCCUAACAACUCCAAUUCAACGACCUCCACUCAAGGUAAAUCGAAAACCAAGAAGAAGAGGGUACGUGAGCCCAAAGACUCGCGUAAUUCGCGGGAGUCCCCUGCUCCACGUGAACCUUCUCGGGAAUCACUGACUCCUCGAGAAUUGGGUGACUCUACACCCAAAGACUUGCGCGAUACUCAGACUAAUAGAAAACAAAAGAAGAAGAGCGACAAGCCCAAAAAGGACUCUAAGGCUGAAGCGAACGACUCAAAGCCAGAACCGAGACUCAAACAACAACCAGGUAAAGAGAACCAGUCUAAAUCCAAGCCGAGAUCUCAACCACAGUCACAGCCUGCCGUGGAUAUUCCCCAGACAACCAAUCAGAGUGCUGCGAUACAAAAUGGCAAUGAAAGAGCGCCCCCCAAGAAGAAGCGAACCCGAACCAAAAGACCUGCUGCUAACGGCGCCGCAGCGACCCCAAGUGACAAAGCUUCAUCUGCACCUGCUCCGCAGUAA